UUUUUUUCCGGUGCAAAAACUCGGAAGCCGUCGGGUAUUGUCGGAGGUACUUCGUUCAACUUGUAUUUAUCAUUUCAUCGUAAUUCGUAAGGUGCGAUGAUUUUAUUAUUUUUAUCAAUGAUGAUCUUCCCUGACACUGGUUUUUCAAAUUCAAAUUUUUGAUGUCAAGUAUUUUUCCACAACUAAAGCAUACUAAUGAUGUUCAUAUGAACUUACUCGAUAGUUGAUGUUGAUUGAAAAACCACUGUCACUGUAGAUGCGAAGAUUAUUGACAUAAUCACCGCGAACUGAGAAUGAAAAUAUGAAAACACAGUAAACAAGUUGAAUUAAGUAGAUUAUUACGUAUUUCCGAGCUUUCAACAAUUGUUUUUCAACUCAUAUAAUCCAAAUUUGCGUACUUAUGUGAUAUGAUAUUAUGUUUUGUGGAGUAUGUACAGUUGGUGAACGAUAAGUAUCACCACUGUCGGGCUUAACUUUAUUAAAAAACUACCUUGAAGUGAUGAUAAUUGAACCAUCUAACGAUUAAUAUUAUGGAAAUGUAGUACGUAAUGGAAUGUUAUAUAAUUUCUUUUCAUCUUUAUAAAGCAGAACAGAGUUUGAGUUAUCAGUUAUCACACUAGAAAAAUAGAACAAGUCGAACGAAGUAUUUCCGACUGUACCCGAUGACUUCCGAGUUUUUGCACCGGAAAAAAAAACUAGUGUACUUUAACGUCUAGUCUGUUUACCGACAACGGCAAACGUUAUGAUCUUUUCUGUACCAUUUUUGUAAUUUUUAGAAGGAAAACGAAAUUUGUUUCAUGUCGUAAAAUAAAGCUUCGCUUAUUGAAAUGUUUUUCCGAUUGUGAUAAAUUUUAAUAAUCAUGUUAGUGUUUUGUUGUUAAUGAAAUACGCGGUGACAAAAGCUCGACUAAAUCAGUUUCAUCAUAAUUGAUGGGGUUGAGUUGAGACACAAUCGCAUUUAGUCAAAAAUCUGCGAUCCUGAUUCGUAGUUGGAAAGCUGAGAUGUCGGGCCCGCGUAUCAAGUAUAUAGCGUGUGAUGGUUGAGAGUUUCACCAGCAUCCUUUGACAUAUCGUACAAUUUUUUGUAGCUGUUACGAAAUUCUGAAGACAAAAUGCCUCAAGGAAUCGUUUACCCGCAAGGUUGUCGUCCUGUUACGGAUGAACUGGGUGCCGACGAGUUAAUUCGGCGAUUAAAGACCUUGGCUCAUACGUUUCAAGCCAUGGCACAAGAUACCGGAAUUUAUCAGCAGUAUAUUCCACUGGCUCUUCAUCUUGCGGAUGACUUCUUUUUACAACAUCAAAGUAAAGAUGUUCAGUUGUUGAUCGCCUGUUGUAUCGCUGAUGUUCUUCGCGUGUAUGCUCCGGAAGCGCCGUAUAAAGAUCCCGAUCAAAUCAAAACUAUAUUCAUUUUCAUCAUCAAGCAACUGUCUGGUUUAAAAGACCCGAAAGAUCCGGCGUUCAAAAGAUAUUUUUAUCUGUUGGAGAAUUUGGCUUAUGUUAAAUCGUUCAACAUGUGUUUCGAAUUAGAAGAUAAUCAAGAAAUUUUCUGCACUCUGUUCAAUUUGAUGUUCAACAUCGUCAAUGAUGAACAUUCUGCGAAAGUAAAAUCUUUCAUGCUCGAUAUCAUGUGCCCGUUGAUUAGCGAGUCGGACAUGGUAUCGCACGAACUGCUGGACAUUAUAUUAAUAAAUGUCGUCGAGCCUAACAAAACCCAACGAAGAAACGCUUACGCGCUUGCGAAAGAAUUGAUUAAUAAAUGCUCCGAUACUUUGGAACCUUACAUUCAAGCGUUUUUCAAUCAAGUUUUGUUGCUGGGCAAAGAGGAAACUCAUUUGAGUAUUACAAAUAAAAUGUACGACUUGAUAUACGAAUUGAAUAAAAUUUGUCCGAGCGUAUUGUUGGCCGUAUUGCCGCAGUUGGAAUGUAAAAUCAAGUCGACGCAAGAAUCCGAACGACUGUCCGUUAUCAAAUUGCUGGCGAAAAUGUUUUCAGAAAAGAACAGUAACGUCGCCAAAAAUAAUCCUCAGCUGUGGAGAGCGUUUCUGGGCAGAUUUAACGACAUAUCUUCGGUAAUUCGUGUGAAGUGUGUGCAGCAUACUAUGCAUUUUCUACUCAAUCAUCCGAAUUUAAGGGAAGAUAUUGUGGAAGUAUUGAAAUCUCGACAACACGACGUCGACGAAAAUGUACGAUACGAAGUGGUAUUAGCGGUGGUUACUACGGCGAAACACGAUUUCGAGAUUAUAUCUCAAAGUACCGAUCUGUUGGACUGCGUUAAGGAAAGAACUCUCGAUAAAAAAUUUAAAAUUAGAAAGGAAGCUCUCAGCGGUUUGGCUAUGAUAUAUCGAAACCAUUGUAAUCAGCAAGCUGUGUCCAAAGCUACCAUGAUGGCUGUUACUUGGAUCAAAAAUAAAAUAUUGCACGGAUAUUACAUGCCGAGUACCGAAGACAGAUUAUUGGUGGAGAAAUUAUUGAACACUUCGUUGGUACCAUACCAGUUGCCGCCGGAAGAGAAAAUGAAACGGUUGUAUCAUUUGAUGGGCACUGUAGACGAUAAUGCGUGUCGAGCGUUCGUCGAAUUGCAGAAACAUCAAGCUUUGGUUCGUAACCACGUGAAAGAAUGGUUGGAAAUUCACAGGAAGCCAGCGACCGCGGAGAGAUCGAAGGAAAUUUCUUCUCGUAUUAUGGUCUUAUCUCGUUUUCUUCCCGAACCUUUGAAAGUGCAAGAAUUUUUGCACCAGUUUUCGGAUAAUUUGUUGCGAGAUCAAGCGUUAUUAUUAGGCAUGGAAGCGAUCACUCGUUCGGAUAUAUCGUGCAAAGACUGCGCGGAGACGGUAAAUUUGAUCAUUAAAAAACUUGGACAGCCGAUUAUGACGAAUCUGUAUUACAAUACGGUGAAAAUGUUACUGGAAAGGAUGUCUUCGGUGAUGAUAGACAAAAAUAAUUUGAAAGUUCUAAUCACGUACGUUGAAGACUGCAUCCAGAGCGGCAAUUUAAUCGAAGAAUUGUCUUUGAACCCGGUAUCGGCUGGUGAAAAAGGUCUCAAGUUAUUGGUGAUUCUUUCGUAUAUUUACCCGUAUCAUUUCUUGCAUCAAGACAUCAUAUCUCAGUUGAUCAAUUUUCUGAAUUUUGAAGAAGAGUACGUCGUGCCUAACGUGUUAUCCGUGUUGACGUUUUUGGGAAAACAUAAAUCACUGAGCGUAUGUUUACCGCAAGAAAUGGACCGUUUGAUACCUUUAUGCAAAAAUUUCGCUCUCACCGGAACCAAGAAACAAGCUAAACAAGCGGUACGCUGCUUGUACGUGAAUGUUUUCAAACAGAACGAAAAUAUUUUCAACGAUAUAAUCGAGAAAAUAAAAGUAAAUUUGACGCCGACCUCGGAACAUUAUUUGGUUUCAAUCGUGACUUUAGGUCAUAUAGCGCAAAACGUUCCUCAACGAUAUAUGGCCCUAAUAAAAAAUCUCAUCUCACGAAAGAUUGUAAGGGAUUUGUUAGUCAAAAAAGAAGAGGCUGAAAUGGAGACUGAUCCUCAAGGACCGAUUUUGGAAGGCGAUUGGUGUCCUGAAAGUGAUAUCCCACUUAUCACCUUGUGCAAGAUCGAAGGUAUCAAAAUGAUGGCCAGAUGGCUUUUAGGGUUAAAAAAUGACGAAGUAUCCGCGCAGAAGACUUUUCGUAUGUUUGCCGCUUUCGUCGCGAAAAAAGGAAAUUUAUCCGGUUCAGAAUUGAUAAGCAAUGCUGAAAUGUCUUGGUUGAGACUAACCGCUGGUUAUUCCAUGUUGAAAAUAGCCGAGCAAAAAGGAGUCGGCGAUCAGUACACAGCCGAGCAAUUCUAUACUCUAUCUCAACUUAUGUAUGACGAAGUUCCAAAAGUACGUGAAAUAUUCAACAAUAAACUGCAUAAAGGCUUGACGCGAGGUCUGCCGCAUCGAAGUAUUCCGAUCGAUUUUAUGGGUUUCUUCGCGUUCGGAGGGCUAGAAAAAGAUAAACAGCUAAAAGAAAGUAUCAAACAACAUAUGAUCAUCAGUAUUCAAAAAAGAAGAGAAUUCAUUAAAAAUCUUACUCAGAGCAACAGCAAUAGCAAUCCGUACGAAUUGGUUUUGAGUCAAUCGCAUUCUAUUCUGCCCGAUUACAUGUUGGUAUACGCGAUAGCAGUGUUGGCGCAUUGCCCGCAGUUCACUGAUCCUAAAAGCGUAGAACAACUCUUAACUAUGAAGUCGUGUUUAUGGUUCAUUAUGGAACCGUUGAUUACCAAAAAUGACUCGUACUCCUACGGCAUUUACAAAGGAAUGUUGGAUAGGAUUAAAACUGUUAAAGACGCUUUAACGCCGGACGACGAAACCGCCAACGAGAAAAUAUGGGCUCUUUGCGAUCUGGCUGUCACGAUUAUCCUGACAAAAACCGUCAAUUUCGAAAUGAAAGAUGGAAUGAACGAAACGAAAAUUUCGGCAUUGUUCUAUAAGAAAGUAGACGAUCCGUUAUUCGCCAAUGAUAAAUGUUAUUUGCCUACAGAACUUCAAUAUCACGGAGAAAAAUCCAUUACGAAAAAGACGCUCAGUACGGCUAAUUACGUGAAAAAAGAAACUGGAAAAACGAAACAAGAGAGCAUAGAUUAUCAAGAUGUUCCAGAUAAAUCCGAAGACGAAGAUAGUGAAACAGAAACCAAAAAGCGUCGCAUAACUCGUUCAGCUGUGCGAUAAUGAAUCCGAUGUGAACAUCGAAAAAAAGUUUGUUUUUUUUCCUUCAGAAAUGUGUAUGUAUUUUUUAUGUUAUUUUACUCGGUUUGAUUGUUUGUAUUUGAUUUUGUGACGCUCGACCAGUGCUAUGUGCAUUGCGUGAGGAAAUUCGGUUCUAAUUGUUGCGUUAGAUUUGAAGUUCAUUUUUUCGUAAAUAAUUAUUUCGGUUUUUUUUUCUUUCGAAAAGAUAUACAUACUUUGCGAAUAAUUUGAAAAUAAGUGUUCGCGUUCGUGUUUACUUUUGCUUCGGUGACAUUUUCCUAAGUUUACCAUUUGCUAUUUGCUUUGGGCAUUUAGAUCGGAAUCGUUAUAUAUAUUUUUUUUUCUGCUUCACAAUUUUGGUCCGCGUAUUAUGUGAUUGUAGUAUGUUAAUGUACCUAUGUAUAACUACUCGGUAUGUUGAAAACAAGAAUACCCUCUCCCGUAUGCAGUACUGCCUCCUACAACUCUCCAUUUUGCGUCAACUUGUGCAGUCUCGCACAGACAGGUAGGUAGCUAGGUACUUCGUAAUCGCGCUAUGUCUGAAAGUUUCUACAUAUUUAUGUCCCCUCCUCCAUUUUUUGCUUUUAUUAUAUUAUUAUAUCAUUACUGUUACUACGAGUAGUGCUAGAUUUUUAGUAUUUAGUUAGUAACUAUUAUUUUUAUUUCGUAUUAUCGUAUAUGAAUUUGUAUUAUUUUUACAGACGGCGAUUAUUAUUCAUGAUUUUUUUUUAUUUACCUUUUUUUUUUUUUUUUUGGAAAUAACUAUUUACGAGUAUUAGUAUUAUGAAUUUUGCUAUUCUGUUUUCACGCACUUGUAUUUCGCUUGGUUAUAAUGAUGAUUUUACGUGUUUCACGUUUGAUAUUCAAUUUUUUUCUUCCUGUGUACUAUGUUUUACGUUGUGAAAAUGUUCAAAUUUGAUGUUCAUUUAAUUGAUUCUAAAUAGAAAUCUUACUUUUAUAAA